GGAAGAUAGUUCCUUCUUCGAAAGAUGAGGGGAGCGAGAGCUGAGGCUUGAAAUCUGAGACCCUUCAUAGAAUCAUCACUUGGUGAGAUCCCAGGCGAAAGGACGCGCUGAACCGCCCUGCGCGCCCUGUCUGCUUUCCUUUCUGGAAACGUGCGCCCUUGCGCAGGGCGGUUGUUCAGCAGCAGCAGCAGCAACAACAACAGCAGCAGCAGCAGCAGCAUGGCACUAUCUGCCUGGAAGCAUUUAGGACUCGCCACCUUCCUGCAACUCCUUUUCAUUUCCUGCCUGCCAAGAGAGUACACUUUGAUCAAUGAAAACUGUCCAGGGGCUGAAUGGAAUAUUAUGUGUCGGGAGUGUUGUGAAUAUGAUCAGAUCAAAUGUGUGUGUCCUGGACAAAAAGAAGUAGUGGGAUACACUAUUCCUUGCUGUAGGAAUGAGGACAAUGAGUGUGACUCCUGCCUAAUUCACCCAGGUUGCAUGAUUUUCGAGAAUUGUAAGACCUGUCAGAAUGGGUCUUGGGGAGGAUCGCUAGACAACUUCUACAUCAAAGGCAUUUAUUGUGCAGAAUGCCGAGCAGGGUGGUAUGGAGGUGAUUGCAUGAGGUGUGGACAGAUUCUCCAAGCUUCUAAGGGUCAGAUUUUAUUGGAGAGCUAUCCACUGAAUGCCCAGUGCGAGUGGAUUAUACAUGCCAAACCUGGAUUUGUGGUUGAAUUAAGGUUUGCCAUGCUGAGUCUAGAGUUUGACUACAUGUGUCAGUACGAUUAUGUGGAAGUCCGUGAUGGGGACAGUGUUGACAGCAAGUUAAUUAAACGCUUCUGUGGCAAUGAUAGGCCUCUCCCAAUACGAAGCACUGGCUCCUCCCUUCAUGUCCUUUUUCAUUCAGAUGGUUCCAAAAAUUUUGAUGGAUUUCAUGCAGUUUUUGAAGAAAUUACAGGUUGUUCUUCAUCUCCAUGUCUACAUGAUGGAACCUGCCUCGUUGAUAAAAUUGGUGAUUACAAAUGUGCCUGCUUGGCUGGCUAUACUGGAAAUCGCUGUGAAAGCUUGGUGAUGUGUAGGACUCCAGGUAAUCCUGCUCAUGGUUUUGUGGAAGGAGAUGACUUUAAAUACGGGUCCCAGAUUUCCUUCAAAUGCAACACAGGUUAUACCUUAAAAGGCAGCCAAGUUGCUUACUGUCAAUUAAACGGAAGCUGGUCUGCACACCAUCCUGGAUGUGUUAUGGAAGAGAGAAACUGCUCUGAUCCUGGUGCUCCACUCAAUGGGUACAGGAAACUGCUGGAUGAUACUGCUCUAAUUAAUGGUCAUUAUACAAAAAUUGGAACCGUAAUUACAUUCUUUUGCAAUAACACCUAUACUCUCAGCGGUAAUGAAAAGAGGACCUGCAAACCCAAUGGCGAGUGGUCAGGGAAACAACCAAUCUGUAUAAAAGCUUGCAGGGAACCCAAGAUUUCUGAUCUGGUGAGACAGAAAGUACUCCCUAUACAAGUACAGUCAAGGGAGACUCCCUUGCAUCAACUCUAUUCAUCUACAUUUAACAAACAGAAGUUGGAGGCAUAUCCAACCAAGAAACCUUCACUACCAUUUGGAGAAUUGCCUCCAGGCUUCCACCAUCUUCACAUGCAGCUGCAGUAUGACUGUAUUUCUCAUUUUUACCAUCGUUUGGGAAGCAGCCGAAGAACCUGUCUGAAAACAGGAAAAUGGAGUGGGAGGGCCCCUUCAUGCAUUCCAAUCUGCGGAAAGACAGAAAACACUAUACUUCACAAAUCAUCCACAACCAGAUGGCCAUGGCAAGCAGCCAUCUAUCGGAGACCUAAUGGGGUGAAGUUUCCCAAUCACAGAAAAGGGACUUGGAUACUGAUUUGCAGCGGAGCUUUGUUGAAUGAACGCACAGUUGUUGUGGCUGCACACUGUGUCACCAAUCUGGGGAAGGUCACUGUUCUCAAAACAGCAGACAUCAGAGUUGUUCUUGGCAAGUUCUACAGAGAUGAAGAUAGAGAUGAGAAGAUCAUACAGAAUCUACGGAUUUCAGCCAUCAUAGUUCACCCAAAUUACGACCCUAUAUUGCUCGAUUCUGACAUAGCUAUCAUUAAACUCCUGGACAAGGCCAGAAUCAGCAGCCAUGUCCAACCCAUCUGCCUGGCAUCCGCAAGGGAUAUCGAUCCUCCUACAGAUGAUUUGCAAAUAGUCAUCACCGGUUGGAAGAUCCUGACUGAUGUUACAGACUCAAACUACAAGAACGAUACAAUUCGUAGUGGGUCUGUUCAGAUAGUGGACUCCCUUCUGUGUGAGCAACAAUAUGAGGAACAUGGAAUCCAAGUCAGUGUCACUGACAGUAUGUUUUGUGCCAAGCAGCAUCCCACAGCAGCUUCUAACAUCUGCCCUUCCGAGACUGGAGGGAUUGCUGCAAUACCUUUGCCAGGAAAAUCAACUUCUGAGUUAAUUUGGCAUCUCAUGGGUUUGGUGAGCUGGGGCUAUGACAAGACAUGCAGCCUAGAACUUUGCACUGGCUACACCCGAGCAAUUCCUUUCAAAGACUGGAUUGAGAAGAACAUGAAAUGAAAUGUUUAGCUCAGAAGUGUUUUCUGAAAAGAUAGCUUUAUUGAUUCCUCUCUCUGAUACUUCAGGUUUUUCAUCCACUGAAGCUAGAGCAGGGCCCUCGGAAAUUUGCCAGAGUCUUACUAUUCAGUGAGGCUAGAUGAUUUUACCAGAAGCUCUGAAUAUGACAAAUGGAUUACCAUGUCUCAGAUUUCCCCCUUCUUCUGGUGGAAACAAAGUAUGAUGGGCCAAAGUAACUGUAUGCCAUCUGUUUUAACACUUAUCUGAAUAAAAAGAUUGGAAGGUAUUUGCACAAGUCUGAGAAACAUGAGAGAAUGGCAAGAGAUUAUUCCAAAAUUGGAUGAAUUUAUUAUGGGCUACGUUAGUUUUGGUAUAUUUUAUAUUGUAUUUUUCCCUCUUAAAAUACUGUACACAGGCAAAUAAACAAAGGUUCUCUUAAACCUGCAAACCAAGAUUUGAUUGUGGAUCCAUCUCAAUCUAUUUCCUAUCCAUUGUGUUCAUUUGUUUAAAAAUAACUUGUUAGAACUAGAAAAUAUAGAAUAGUAAUACAUUUAUAAAUGGCAUAAUUCAGCACUUUUCAUAUUUCCUAUGUCCAGGAUAUUUUUUUCUCACUUAUUUAACUGUCAAGACAUAUUUGUAUUUCCAUCAUAGAACUUCUGAAUAUGGAUAUAUUUUGUGUUUAGGAAAAUGCAUUCAAUAUACAUGUAGAAUGCAAGCUAUGUCUUCUGAGUUUCUAUGUCUCCUUGACUUCUCCAGAGUUUUCCAGAAGCACUUUGAAAACAUUUGCUAUAAUCCAAAUAAUAAAUCUUUCACCAACAGAAGGAAUUAAAGUGUGCUUUGUUGUAACAAUUACAGUACAAAAAAGUUUUGUUAAUCUCUACCGGACACGCAGUGAUGUGAUGAGAAUGCUGCCUGAAAUUAUUUUAUGAAAAUGUUAUAAAAUGCUGGAAUCCUAAAAUUUAAGGAUUUAAUAUUAUUAGGUAUUAGACAAUGUUAUAGAAUAAGACCUACAAAUGCAUUCACCGGUCUGAAAAGUUCUUUGUGGCUUAAUUUUCCUUGAAAAUAAUGACAAAAGCAAAUCAGAAAUAAGUUAUUGUUGUUGUUAAUUGCAAAGUCGUGUCCGACCCAUUGCGACCCCAUGGACAACAUUCCUCUAGGCCUUCCUGUCCUCUACCAUCUUCUGGAGUCCAUUUAAGUUCACACCUACUGUUUCAUUGACUCCAUCCAGCCACCACAUUCUCUGUCUUCCCCUUCUUCUUUUGCCCUCAAUCGUUCCCAGCAUUAGGCUCUUCUCCAUUGAGUCCUUCCUUCUCAUUAGGUCACCAAAGUAUUUGAGUUUCAUCUUCAGGAUCUGGCCUUCUAAAGAGCAGUCAGGGUUGAUCUCCUCUAGGACUGACCGGUUUGAUCACCUUGCAGUCCAAGGGACUCGCAGGAGUCUUCUCCAGCACCAUAGUUCAAAGGCCUCAAUUCUUUGGCACUCAGCCUUUCUUAUGGUCCAACUUUCAUAGCCAUACAUUGCAACUGGGAAAACCAUAGCCUUGACUAUACGCACUUUUGUUGGCAGGGUGAUGUCUCUGCUUUUUAGUAAGCUAUCUAGAUUUGCCAUAGCUUUCCUCCCCAGGAGCAAGCGUCUUUUAAUUUCUUGGCUGCAGUCCCCAUCUGCGGUGAUCUUGGAGCCCAGGAAAAUAAAAUCUGUCACUACCUCCAUUUCUUCCCCAUCUAUUUGCUAGGCAUUGAGAGGGCCGGAUGCCAUAAUCUUAGUUUUCUUAAUGUUUCAAGCCAACUUUUGCACUCUCCUUCUUCACCCACAUCAAGAGGCUCUUUAGUUCCUCUUCACUUUCUGCCAUUGGAGUGGUAUCAUCUGUAUAUCGGAGGUUGUUGAUAUUUCUCCUGGCAAUCUUAAUUCCACCUUUUGAUUCAUCUAGCCCAGUGGUGAAAUCCAAAUUUUUUUACUACUGGCUCUGUGGGUGUGGCUUGGUGGGCGUGGCAGGAGAAGGAUACUGCAAAAUCCCCAUUCCCACCACACUCUGGGGCCAGCCAGAGGUGGUAUUUACUGGUUCUCUGAACUGCUAAAAAUUUCUGCUAUUGGUUUUCCAGAACCUGUCACAACCUGCUGGAUUUCACCCCUGAUCUAGUCCUGCCUUUCUCAUGAUGUGCUGUGCAUAUAAGUUAAAUAGGCAGGGCAACAGUAUGCAGACUCCUUUCCCAAUUUUGAACCAAUCUGUGGUUCCAUGUCCAAUUCUCACUGUUGCUUCUUGAUCCACAUAUAGGUUUCUCAGAAGACAAAUAAGAUGGUCUGAUACUCCCAUCUCUUUAAGAACUUGCCACAAUUUGUUGUGAUCCACACAAUCAAAGGCUUUAGCAUAGUCAAUGAAGCAGAAGUAGAUGUUUUUCUGGAACACCCUAGCUUUCUCCAUGAUCCAGCGUAUGUUGGCAAUUUGAUCUCUAGUUCUUCUGUCUCUUCGAAAUCCUGCCUAUACUUCUGGUAGUUCUCUAGCCACAUACUGCUGAAGCCUAGCUUAUAGGAUUUUAAGCAUAACUUUACUAGCAUGUGAAAUGAGUGCAAUGGUGCAAUAGUUUGAACAUUAUUUGUCAUUGCCUUUCUUUGGAACUGGAAUGUAAACUGACGUUUUCCAAUCCGGUGGCCACUGUUGAGUUUUCCAAAUUUGCUGACAAAUUGAGUGUAGCACUUUUACUGCAUCGUCUUUUAAGAUUUUGAAUAGCUCAGCUGAAAUACUGUCACCUCCACUAGCUUUUUUGUUGCUCCAAUUUCCUAAGGCCCAUUUGACUUCACAUUCUAGGAUGUCUGGCUCGAGGUCAGUGACCACCCCAUCUUGGUUAUCAGGGAUGUUAAGUUCGUUCUUGAAUAGUUCUUCUGUGUAAUUUUGCCACCUCUUCUUAAUCUCUUCAAUUUCUUAAAAAACAAACUUAUUAAAAUACAUUAUUUUGUCAGGCAAAGCUCACUAGUACCAUGAAAACAAAGCAAGAAUUCUGUGUCAUAAAAUCUAACAGUGGGAUGAUCUUUCCAUUCUUAAUCUUCAAGGUAAAUGAGUCUUUUGGACUUCAGAAAUCAGAGGUCACAUUUUUUUCAACCUUGUGUACUUAAAUUAUGCAUACUUCAUUGACUAUUUGGUAUUAGCUUAUUCUUCCUAAAUUAUUCACACUCUCUCAACCUUCAUAAUUCAAUCUUCAGGUUUCCAGGAAAUAACUUUCUUCUAAAAAUCCCCUUACUCACAUAACAAUAAAGCCCAACAAUUUAUUGCAAAGUUAGGCAUUUCCCUGUUUUUACCAUCUCUUAUUAACUGCAAAGUUUGGCCAUCUGGUAGCAAAGUUAUAUGUUUUGCUGUUAUCUCAAAGUCUCCUUCAACCAUUGUAGCUAACAUAUCUUUCUCCCCAAUUGCUGGUUCUGUGUUAAAUCAUGUUCUGUCUUGCUGUUCUUAUUCCCAUGGUACGAAUUGUAGCAUUGGGCUAUUUUAGAUUUUAGGCAGAACUGAUAAUUUUUAUCAUUUAUUCUAUACUAAUAAUGUUUGCUUUUUUGUUUCCUUUGGGUUGUCUCACUCAUUCUGUAAUUUGUAUGUUGUGACAACUAUUCAAAUAUAAACGAAUUUCUUUGGUUUGCACAA